AUGGCGGGCCCGGCUAACUCAUCUGGAUUCCACCCUCACCUUCCUGGCAGAGGGUACAACUUCAUGGCGAAGGCUCUCGGCGCAACCAUGUGGUUCUUCAUCUUCUACCGUGCUCGCGAGGACGGCCCUAAGCUCCUGGGUCUGCGGCAUCCUUGGGAAGGACAUGGUCACGGCCAUGGAGAGCACGACGAGCACCAUUGA